AUGGCUUACCACCGCAAAUUGGCUCUGGUCGACAACCGGACCGGCUUGAUUGUCAUGGCUUCUCUGUUCUGUCUGAUUCAGUUACUGGUCAUCACAUCCAGAAUUUAUGCGAGAAGACUCCGAAGGAUGCGCUAUGGCACUGACGAUUGGCUCGCCAUAGUGGCUGUCGUUUUUGUUCUCGGCCUCAACGGUAUCUUCCUGGCAGGCACUGUUCAAGGAGCGAUUACGGGCCAUUCCCAGGUCAUCGACGACUGGCCUGUCACCAGUCCUCUCGAGCACUUGGCGCAGAAGUACAAAUAUGGUUUUCAGACUACUGAAAAAAUUGCCUUUGGGCUGAUCAAGCUUUCCAUCCUGUUCCUGUGGAAGCGCAUGAUCAGCCCCAUUCGCUCGUUCCAAAUCUGCUGCUGGGUCAUGAUUGGGAUUGUGACCGCGUGGAUGAUCGCCUUCUUCUUCGCCACUGUCUUCCAAUGUUACACCCAGUGGGCAUGGAACUGGGCGCCAAUCUCGUUCUUCCUCACGCAAUGCACCAACACGCUGAACAUGCUCACCGUCUUCACGGCCACAGACAUUGUUACGGAUGUGAUUAUUAUUGCCAUGCCGGUGCCGAUCAUCUGGCAGCUGCAUCUCCCCACAGCAAAAAAGGUUGGACUGACAGGUCUGUUCAUGAUGGGUCUCUUCACGAUCGGAGCUGGAAUCGCGCGGAUGUACAUCUACCUCGUGACCUCAUACGACAAAAGCGAUAACCCGGAUUUUAUCGCCGACUUCACGCUCUUCAUUCUAUGGUCGGAGAUCGAAGUCAACGUGGGGAUGAUUGUGUGCUGCAUGCCCGUGUGUGCUCCUGUGGUGGGCAAAUUUCGGGACUGUGUGGUCACACGUCUUGGGAGCAAGACCACCAACAACCUAUCUCAUCGGCGGGGAAAGGGGUCGAAGGAAUAUCUGACUGAUCGGUCGGACAAUCCCUAUUUUGGGGACAAGUCGUCCUCGUAUGAGAUGGGAGCCUAUCGGACGACGAUAGCCAGUCGGGAGCCGAUGGAUGAGAUCGACGCGGAAGGGCCGUUGGAGACGCGGGGCGGAAUUGUGGUUCGCACAAAGAUAAGCAAUACGUUUGAGUAG